AAGGAGUAAUGAAUUCAUUUUGUAAUUUAAGUCACACUUCCCCUGCCGCCAUCGGCCAUCCCCUUUCCAUUUUCUCUCUUCUCCAAAAAUGUCGUCCACCGCGGCCGCAGCCCGCCCUCUGGUGUCAAUCCAGACUGUCGAAUCCGACAUGUCCACCGACUCCACCCCCACAGCUCAUCUUCCCGACGUUAUGAAAGCCCCAAUCCGCCCUGACGUCGUCAACGAAGUCCAUUCCCUCAUGUCAAAAAAUGCCCGUCAACCCUACGCCGUAUCCAAAAAAGCCGGUCACCAGACCUCCGCUGAGUCCUGGGGUACUGGACGUGCAGUCUCCCGUAUUCCCCGUGUUCCUGGUGGCGGUACCCACCGUGCUGGACAAGGAGCUUUCGGAAACAUGUGUCGUGGUGGUCGCAUGUUCGCUCCUACCAAGAUCUGGAGGAAAUGGCACCGGAAAAUCAAUGUUAACCAGAAGAGGUACGCCGUCGUAUCCGCCAUUGCUGCCACUGCGAUCCCUGCUCUUGUUCUCGCUCGUGGUCACAAGAUCGAGACUGUGCCUGAGCUUCCUCUUGUCGUUUCCGACUCGAUUGAGAGCGUCGAGAAGACCUCUGCUGCUUUGAAGGUGUUGAAGUCCAUCGGUGCUCUACCCGAUGUCGAGAAGGCGAAGGACUCCAUUGCUAUUCGUGCUGGUAAGGGUAAGAUGAGGAACAGGAGGUACAUUUCUCGCAAGGGUCCUCUUAUCGUUUACGCCACCGAGGGUGCGAAGCUUGUGAAGGCAUUCAGGAAUCUUCCGGGUGUAGAAAUCUGCCAUGUUGACAGGCUGAACUUGUUGAAGCUUGCUCCAGGGGGUCAUUUGGGUAGGUUUGUGAUCUGGACCAAGAGUGCUUUCGAGAAGCUCGAUGUAAUUUACGGGUCGUUUGAUAAGCCUUCUGAGAAGAAGAACAAGUACCUGUUGCCUAGAGCUAAGAUGUUGAAUGGUGAUCUUGCUAGGAUUAUCAACUCUGAUGAGAUUCAGUCUAUUGUUAGGCCGAUUAAGAAGGAUUAUGUUCGGGCUCCAUUGAAGAAGAACCCAUUGAAGAAUCUCAAUGUCAUGUUGAAGUUGAACCCCUAUGCUAAGACUGCUAAAAGGAUGUCUUUGUUGGCUGAGAAACAGAGGGCUGCUUCCAAGGAGAGCAAGCUUCAGAAGAAGAGGAAGGUUCUCUCUAAGGAGGAGCUUGCUGCCAUCAAGGCUUCAGGAAGAUCGUUCUACAAGACGAUGAUUUCAGAUUCAGACUACACAGAGUUUGAGAACUUCACUAAGUGGCUCGGUGUAUCACAGUAAAUUUGGCCUUUUAGAUAAAAGUUUUGAUAGAGAAAUUUGAUUAAGCUUUUCAAUCUGCUGAGUUUAGCGCUUGUUCCUAUAGCGUUUGUAGUUGGAAGGCUGUUUAAUUGGAACCUUGACAGUGUAUUUUUAUGAUCCGGAUCAAUGUGGAGUAUUAUAUUACAGAGUAUCA